AUGUCGACGGUCGGAGAACUCGCUUGCAGCUACGCUGUUAUGAUCCUUGAGGACGAGGGCAUUUCCAUCACUUCUGACAAGAUUGCGACUUUGGUCAAAGCCGCUGGUGUUGAGAUUGAGUCUUACUGGCCAAUGCUAUUCGCCAAGAUGGCUGAGAAGCGUAACGUCACUGACCUCAUCAUGAAUGUUGGUGCUGGUGGCGGUGGUGGUGGUGCACCUGUUGCUGCCGCUGCACCCGCUGCUGGUGGAGGUGCCGCAGCUGCUGCCCCUGCCAAGGAGGAGAAGAAGGAUGAACCAGCAGAAGAGAGCGAUGGAGAUCUUGGAUUCGGCCUGUUCGAUUAG